AUGGUUCGCUACGCGUACGCAUUUGUCGCCAUGGCCGGCCUGGCCUCGGCCCUGCCCCUCAACAUCAACCUCGGUGCCUACUCGCCCGCACUGGUGGUCGGUGAUGGUGAGAUUAGCUUCGGCGGCGAGCAGGACGUGUCGAAACUGAUGAACGUUCUCGAGGGUGCUGCUGUCAACACGGCCGCCACCGUCGCCAACAACGCCGCCAACAACGCCGCCAACGGAAACACUGCCACCUCCACCACGGUCAACAACGAAGUGCCCGUCCCGUCGGCUGCAGGCACCACAAACGCCGCCGCCUCGGAUCCCCUCGUCGAGCAGGGUCUCGGCAACAAGAAGGAGAUUGCUCCGCGCAUGCAACUGGUCGAUGCCGCCGACGACGAGGACGACGACGGCGACGACGCCGCCGCGGUCGAGAAGCGUGACCUGGCCGGCUUCGACCGCGCCCUGACCUAUGCCGAGGCGGCCCUCACCAAGGGCCCCAAGGUCCAGCUCGGCACCGGCAAAGAGGGCUCGGGUGUCGGCAUCAUCGUCGACAACACCCCUUCCACGGCGACGGCCGCCAAAGCCGCAAAGCGCGAUGUCGAUGGCGACGCCUCCCCGAAGCGGAGUAAGCGCGAUGAGACGGUCCCCCGGUCUGUCUCUGGCAUUGUUGUUCCGCCAACUGCUGCUUCCGUGUCCCGUCGUGAUGCCAUUGAUGCCGUCAACCUGAACGUUGAUGGUGACCAGGGUCUGACCAUGACCUUUGUCGAGACGGUCGAGGACGACGACGAGUAA